AGGAAACGGGUUCAAUUCGAACCCACUUCCCACUUGGACCGUCAUUUCGCUAUUCCAUAUUCCCUAGUACUAACGGCCCUUCUUGUUUUGGGGGUUUGGGACGAGGUUCUUGCUUUCUCUUUCUGAAACCAUGGGCCGUCGCUACUCCUUUGACUCUGACCCUGGCGAGCACGCCCCUCUCGACGAUCCAAAUGAUCCAUAUUUCCAACGGCAAGCGCAUUCCAAUCAUUAUCUCAAUCGUCAACAACAGUCUCCUUCCCGCUCUCGUCCUUCCUCCCCAUCCUCUCAACCUCCCUCAUACCGAGACAGCAAUUCAGUCACCCUUUCUUCAGAGCCGUACCACCACCACCACGGUUAUAACCGCGACCACGACUCGCAUCCUUCACCCACAAGAGCAAGGCCACCGAGCCAUCCCAGUGCUCAUCCCGAUUCGGCAUUUAAUAGGCUACGCCAGAAUAGAAGAUAUAGUGGAGGUGCCGGGAGAGCCGCUGCUGGAACUGAAAUUGGAGCCGGAGCCGCUGUCGGUGCUUUAGCUGGUAGAGAAGUUCAUGACGUGGCCGGAUCGUCUUCAUCCAGACCAAUCCCACCACCUCAUCGCGAGAACAGUGUAUCUACCUGGGGACCCCGAGUACCCCAGACUAACGUUACCCCCGGGGCAGACAAUUUUAGUAACGCUGCCGUUGGUGGCGUGUCAGGACUUGCCAUGAGUGUCGCCGAAAGAAACGCACGAGAAAGCGGAUUAGAAGCCAUGAGGCAACCUCAGCAUCAACAACCUAUUUACCCACCAGAAGCCUAUCAAGACGUUCCGUCCCAACACCAUACCUACGACGACCCUAGGGGAAGCUACGGAAACGAUAGGAGCUACGACAUGCCGCCAAGCUAUGGUCCCAACCCCUAUAGCCCCGCCCAGGGAUAUAACUCCUCGCCCAGUCUGGCUCCCAUGGGAGCCGCAGCCCUGACCCAGUCAGGUCGAGGGACGCCCACGCGCAGCGUGCAUAGCUAUUCGAGCGAUCCGUUCAGGGAUCCCCACAUGGCGUACGGUCAAAGAAUGGAUCCCUAUCUCGGCGUUUUCAAUCCCAAUGAUAUCGACGACGACGGCGAUGAUGGUCUCGAGUAUCGACGCUCUGCUCGGAAUAGUAUCCUGAGUCUAGGUGGAUCUCAUAAUCGAGGAAGUAGCGCCGCAGCUGGCGUUGCCGGUGCCGCGGCUGCUGGCGGCGUAAUGGGCGGGCUAAUGGGAAGGAGCCGAAAUAGCGGCGUCGCUUAUGACCCGGUACAGAACGCUAAUGCGCCAAGCAAUUUAGCGGGCGCAGGCGGUUACGAGAUGGGCGCAAAGUCGGAGAAGCAGUCGGAAUGGUUAUCGGGCCAGAAUAGCAGCAAGAAGAAGUGGAAAUGGUUUAUCUUGAUUCUCGUCGGUCUCAUCAUAGCAGGUGGGAUAGCGGGCGGUAUCGUCGGAGGACUCUUAGCGAAGAACAAAAAGGGGAGCGGUGGCGGCGCUGAUGGGGUCCAGUCGGCUGAUUCGGAUUACGCAAACAACGGCGAUCUGGACAUCAAUUCGGAUGAGAUUCAAGCAUUGAUGAACAAUCCUAACUUACACAAGGUCUUCCCGGGCGUCGACUACACGCCUAUUAACGUACAGUACCCGGAUUGCCUUAAGAACCCGCCUUCCCAGAACAACGUUACCAGGGAUGUGGCUGUCCUCUCGCAAUUAACCAACACAAUUCGACUCUACGGUACCGAUUGCAAUCAGACGGAGAUGACGAUACACGCGCUGAAACAAUUGAAGCUCGACACCGAGAUCAAGAUCUGGCUCGGCGUAUGGCAGGACAACAACGACACAACCAACAAGCGCCAGCUUAGUAGGAUGUGGAACAUCCUAGAUGAGUACGGAGCCGAGCCGUUCAAGGGGUUGAUUAUAGGCAACGAGAUCUUGUUCCGAAAACAGAUGACAGCUACGCAGCUUAGUGACCUCCUGGAUUCGGUAAGAUCGAACUUGACUAGCCACAACUGGAAACUCCCCGUCGCCACGAGCGAUCUAGGCGAUAAUUGGGAUUCCCAAUUGGCACAGAUCAGCGACUACAUCAUGGGCAAUAUCCAUCCUUUCUUCGCCGGCGUCAAUGCCAAGGAAGCCGCUUCGUGGACCUGGUCAUUCUGGCAUAAUAAGGCCGAGUCGUUCUUCAAAACUGACAAUGAGAAGAACGUCAUAUCCGAGAUUGGUUGGCCGACGAAAGGUGGUACCGACUGCGGUGACGAUAGCGUCACAAGCUGUCCCGACGGCUCGGUGGCUGGCAUCGACGAGUUAAACACACUCAUGGAGGGUUGGGUCUGCCAGGCGCUGGCGAACGGAACAAAUUAUUUCUGGUUUGAGAUGUUCGACGAGCCAUGGAAAAUCAGUUUUGAUACGCCGGGUAAAGAAUGGGAAGAUCAAUGGGGCCUGAUGGAUGUCAAUAGGAACCUGAAGGCGGGCGUCAAGAUUCCCGACUGCGGCGGCAAAACUGUCUAAACAAUCGAGGCCAUUUUACCUAGGCAUUGUUCCUAGCGGACACAAAGAAGCGUCGCGGUGACGCAGCAAAAGGAGGAGAAAGCGUUUUGAGCGGCCAUCUGGUUAGGGCGCAACAUAUUUUAAUGAGGUUUCCCAGGCUCGGGCUAUGAUGGAAGGUCAUGUUAAACA